GCAAGCUUGAACAUCGUUUUUUGCAACUCAAUCAUUUCCAUUAUCGCCGCUGUCAGCGUCUAUUGUCUCUCAUGGUCUGCUUUGGGAGCUCACCAGUCCAUAAUUGUCGACUUCUGCUACCACAGGUUCUCUUCUCCGUCCUUCAAUCCUCCUCCAAAGCCCCACGAUGCCCCUCCAGAUAUCGCAUCUCGCAAACUUUACCCCUCCCGCUUCAACGCGCACUUGGCAAUCCCAACCACACCCGACUCUUCCCCUACUAGCAACAGCCUCGUCAGAUAAGACCGUUCGCAUCUACUCGCUCACCUCUUUCAAUCUCAUAACCACCCUCUCCGGCGGCCAUAAACGCUCCAUUCGCUCCGUCGCGUGGCAGCCCGCCUUGCGCAAAGGCGACGCUGUGCUUGCAACAGGUAGCUUCGACGCUUCAGCUGGGAUAUGGAAGAAACACUACUCUGGGGAUGCCGUAGAGUCACUGAAUCAUGGCAUUGUCAGUACGGACGAGAACGAUAACGAUGAAGAUGAUGACGACGACGAUGGUGAAUACGCCUUUACCGUGCUACUCGAUGGCCACGAGAGCGAGAUCAAGAGCCUUGCCUUCGCCCCGUCAUCCCGUCUGCUAGCCACUUGCUCGCGUGACAAGUCUGUUUGGAUAUGGGAAGAGCUUGACGAUGACAAUUGGGAGACCAUGGCGGUGCUGAGCGAGCACGAUGGCGACGUAAAGUGUGUCGCCUGGCACCCGGCGGAGGACCUGCUCGCCAGUGCCUCAUACGACGAUACAAUCCGUUUAUACAAGGAGGACGUCGAUGACUGGGAGCAGGUAGCCGUCAUCCAGGGGCACAAGGCCACCGUGUGGUGUGUUACGUUCGAAGGCGCUGAUCUACCAGGCCUCAAGGCGACUCCCUCUGAGGAGCUGUCGCAAGCACAGCGCGACUUUCUGAUCCAACGCGCUGCAUCCGGGCCACGGCUACUAUCAGCCUCAGACGACCUCAGCAUCCGUAUUUGGCGCCGCGAGCCUCCUGCGGACGACGCGAACGCUGCACGUAACACUGGAGUACCCAGCAUCAUCCGCUCGUCAAACAUCGAUGAGACCUGGCUUGAGGAAGCGCAAUUCCCGGGUACCCAUACUCGAGCCGUUUAUUCCGCAUCAUGGAGCACUACCAGCGGCUUGGUGGUCAGCGCGGGAAGCGAUGGGAUGAUUGUUGUGUACAAAGAGCAGUGGAAGUCAGGGGCUGAAGAAGAUGUUGGGACUGAAUGGACUGUUGUGGCGAGUAUCGAGGCCGCCCAUGGAGUUUUUGAGGUCAAUCAUGUGGUGUGGGCGAAAAGGUGGGACAAGGGAAGGCGCAGUGAGGAUGAAGAGGUGAUUGUGAGCACAGGCGAUGACGGAGAAGUGAAGGUGUGGACGCUGGAAGAAGCAGUCGGAGGUUGAGAUGCAUGCAAAAACCGUGUCUGCUAGUAGAGUUACGCUGCGACACGAAGGACAAGUAGACCAUGCAAUUUUGCGGAUCUGGAGCAAGCUCGAGUAGAGGAUGGCAGAGAUCUUGUACCGGUCGACUGCUGCUAUCCCUCGAGAUCGUGCCCUCAUACGUCUCGAGCUCCUGUAACAGAUGUCUGGAUAGAUGUCUUGCAACUAUGCUAUAAGUUAGCCGACGGACGGUUGUAGGUACUCAGACACGAAUCUGCAACUGGCGCCCUGCAAAAGAUAGUAGACAGUACAGAUGUAUAUAUGAAGGUCAAGAAGUUACUUCGGCUUCUUAUAUAGAUAGUCGAGAAUAUAGCGCACUAAAAGGAAC